GAGGGGACGACUAUUUUAAUGUACCCAAAGUCAGUGGCGGUGUUUGUUCAGUUUUUGUUGUUCUGCUAGUUUUUUUUUUAUUUUUUGAGAUUUGGUCGUUUGGAAAUGUUUGACAACGACGUGAUGUCUCCUUGAGUUCCGUGCAUUGCGCGCGCUUUUGUUUGCCCGCGUGUGUGUAUGUGUGUGGGUUCUAUUGGAAAGGCAGGCUACUAUCAUAGGCCGGUAGUUGAUUUGAUUCUAACGGCGGUCAUCCAGUUUUUAAAUGUUUACUUUGCAAAGACCAAUGUACGCACACCCAUUUUCAGCCUCAUGUCUGUCUGUCUGCCUCUCCCCCCGACCCCUCUUUGCAUUUAAAACUACUUUAAUAAUAUUCUCAUUUAACUAACUAUAAUCUGCGAGGAGCACUUUUUUUUGAAACAUUUCGCAAAGCGUAUAAAAGCAAUUUGGAAUUUUAUGUUCGACAUCAGUUGCAAAUCAUUUGCCAAUCUAGCGUAACAGCGAAACAAAUUUUCAACUCCAUUUGCUAAGCAAGCACUUAAAAUCCCGUCAUCAUGUUCAAACUUUUGUUGGUCUUGUCCGUCCUGGCUUUUGCGGUUGCCGCUCCCGGUGUUGUAGUUGCUCCAGUGGCUCCUGCCCAUGGCCAUGCUGUGGUGGCUCAUGCUCCGGUAAUACAUCAUCAUGGUGCCCAUGCCGUGCACUCACACGUUAUUCAUCACCCAGCUCCCGUUAAGGCUGUAGUUGCCCAUCCAGUUGUGGUGGCCAAGCCGGUGGUUCCGGUUGCCGUGAAACCUGUAGUGCCAGUUGUACCUGUACACCAUGCCCAUGCCGCCGUUGUAGCCCACCAUUAAACGGUUCCCGACCCUGGUUCCCGACUUCCGUUUUCCUACUCCACCAUUCAUACCCAAUAAAAUGUACCCUCCCUCCCAAAAAAAAAUCCAAGAAUGUUAAAAGAACUCCCCCCAAAUAAAUGAAAAUAAAAAAUGAAUGAUG